AUGAAGUGGCUGCUCAUCACCCUUGCUUGCAUUCAGCUCUCUGAAUGUCUUCUUUACAGAGUGCCCUUGUUUAAGGGCAAAUCUGCCCGUGACGUUCUUCAGGAGAAAGGGUUGCUGGAAGACUUCCUGAAGAAACAUCCAUAUGAUCCCUGCUCAAAGUUUGAACAACCCUUAACUCUGGAUACAAAUGAACCAAUGAUUAACUACUUGGAUUUGUCAUACUAUGGAGCAAUCAGCAUUGGGAAUCCACCACAGAGCUUCACCGUCAUCUUUGACACUGGCUCAUCCAAUCUCUGGGUCCCAUCAGUUUACUGUUCUGAAAAAUCAUGCAUGGUGCAUAAAAGAUUCAACCCCAGAUUGUCAUCAACAUAUCGUUCAAAACACCAGGGUGUAUCUAUCCAGUAUGGUACAGGUGCCAUGACAGGAAUACUGGGAUAUGACACUGUCAGAAUUUCAAACAUUACUAUCCAUGGUCAGGAAUUUGGUUUAAGUACAUCUGAACCUGGUGGUUUCUUUUCCUAUGUUAAAUUUGAUGGAAUUCUGGGCAUGGGCUUUCCAUCUCUUGCAGCAUCAGGAGCCACAACUGUAUUUAGUAACAUGAUGUCUCAGAAACUGGUGGAUGAGCCUCUCUUCUCUGUGUACCUAACAAGACAGCAAGGUCAGUCCGGCAGUGAAAUCCUAUUUGGUGGGAUUGAUUCAAGUCACUACACAGGCCAAAUUCACUGGGUUCCUGUCACUCGUGAUGCCUACUGGCAAAUCCUCAUUGACAGAGUGACAAUCAAUGGUGAGGUUGUGGCCUGCAGUGGAGGUUGUCCUGCCAUUGUUGAUACUGGCACUUCUCUUCUUAUUGGUCCCAUGACACCCAUUGACAAUAUCCAGCAGGGCAUUGGAGCAACUCCAACUUACUAUGGAAUGUACAACAUAAACUGUAACAAUCUGCAGAACAUGCCUGAUGUGGUCUUCACAAUCAAUGGAGUGGACUUCCCUCUCCCCGCACAAGCUUACACGUUGCAGGUGUGUUAUUGGACAGCAAUGGGAAUCUGCUCCAGUGGAUUUGGCGUUACCGGUGGAAACCUCUGGAUCCUGGGAGAUGUGUUCAUUGGGGAAUAUUACUCCAUUUUUGACAGUGGGAACAAUCGUGUGGGUUUGGCUAAGGCUGUCUAAUUUCUUCUUCUGUAUUCUCAUUAAAAGCACACCCUGAUCUGCAUUUUAAGCCAUCACAUGACCCUCCAGUGCAGCAGUUGUCACCUGGCUGCAGAGUGUAAUAGAGGAAGUCAUCAUCUCUUGAAUAACAAUAAACAAAUAUAUACAAUUGGCAAUUGGCUGUGGUUCGUGCUCAGCAGAACUCUGCACUAAAUCACAGCUGAAAAACAAGGAAAAUAGAAAUAAUAAUUAAAGAAAUGCCUUGUCACUGUGUGUUUUUAUAGGAACAGACUAAGGACACUGGUUCUGGAUUGGAAAUGAUAAUGUUGAUACAGUCUAAUUAUAUUCCCUCUCUGAUUGUGUAGCACUUUCACUCAGUUAUCUUUUGGUUCUGACAUUCAGCCGUGAUAUAUUAUUGGUGCAGUGAUUCACUCCAGUGACGUACACAUUUCUGCUGAAUGUGGAUGACCUCUGCAGUGAAACCUGAUUUGAAGUAAAUGUGAUCCUAACAUCACACAGCAGCCUUUUCUCUCCUUUUCUCUUCAUUACAAUCGUUCUUAAA